AUCAACGAGAUCAAGCUGGAAGUCCUCACUCAUCAGUUGAGUACCUGGGUUCUAUUAUCGUCGACAUCCUCAACGAACAGCGUUUUCUAUUCACACUCUUGAAUCUGAACUCUAUUGAGCAUUUUGAAUUACCCUCUGUCCAUUCCAUAGGGUUUCUUGAGGUCUUGACUAGCAACAACACUGAACUGAAGCAAUGAUGAUUCGCCUGGCUGCUAAGUUGUCAACAGCUUCUUCUGCUAUUGCUCGAACUUCCAAUUUAGCCUUCAUUUCAUAUAGCAAGCCUUAUCUUGUCUCAUCCGCACCACGAUUUAGGCUAUUCCACAAUGGUUCGGAUGGUUCUUUGGCAAACCCCGUUACUAUUCAGAUGAUCAACUAUGCUCUGUCUCAUGCGAGGUCUCAGAAAACAGCUGAAUCGUAUGCACAAGGCCUGCUGGUGUUGGAACAGUGCCUUUCGACUCUCUCAUGUGAAAGGAAAGAUCCCUCUGAUGAAAACUCAAGAGGAAUGGUGUUACUAGCUAUGUCUACCUUGUUGUCUGAAAGAGGUGAUUCUGAUGAUGCAAUCGAGAAGCUCCGUAGUGUUCAACAAUUGACCAGUUCUUUCCUGGGAGUGAGAGUUGCUGCCUUCGAAGCUCUGGUAGGUCUGCAUUUAGAGCUGGGCCAGGAUGAUAAAUCAUCAGUGCUCGCAGAUAAAUGUUUAGAGCUCAUGGAGAAACAUGAAGCAGGGUGUGAUGGCAAAGAUUUUGAGACUCUAACUACUCGUGCAAAAUCAGUAAAAGGGUUUGUUGAACUUGUCAAUGGCAAUCUUGAGUCAGCUGAAGCAUUCUUUCAAGGUCCUCCUGAUGUCAGACUAUGCAAUGGCAGUGUCGCUCUAUCAUAUGGGGAAUUUGUACAUGCCAAACAGAACUUUUCUUUGGCAAAGGAGGUUUAUCAAAAGGUCAUAGAUGGAGGUUCAGAGAAUAAAGAUUUUGGGAACCCUUUUCUCUUAGCAGCUGGUAACAUGAACUCAGAGGGUUUAAUGUUGGGGGCCAUGUGUGCUUUGGGGCAGCUUGAAUCACAUAUGGGUAACUUUGGUGAUGCAGAGGAGUUAUUGACAACGGCAUUGACAAAGGCAGAGGAAUCUUUUGGCUCUCAUCAUCCCAAGAUUGGGGUUGUCUUGAGUUGCAUAGCUCUCAUGUUUAGGCGGAAGGCAGUGCUUGAGCGUUCAAGUUCUCUUUUGAUUCAAGAGGGGCUGUACAGAAGGGCUAUAGAAUUGUUGAAGGCUCCACCGUUGGAGACUGAAGGUGCUGUGACUUCUAUGGAUCGAGGAGAUAUAGUGGCCCUUGCAAGAGGUGGAUAUGGUGAUGUACUCAGUGUCCAAGAAAACAGAAAAGUUCAAGGAGAGAAGAUGAAGAGCUGGGCAGAGGCGAUUUGGAAGAAUCGGAGGUUGUCUCUGGCAGAGGCUUUAGAAAUCUCAGAUUCAUCUUCCAAGGUCCCUAUUAUCGAUGUUCGGAUUAGCCGGAUUAUAUAAGUCAAUCCAUCCUCUAGUUAGGUCUUCAUACUGGUCAGAUUCUACACCCAACCUCACUUAGUGGGAUACAACUUCUCGUUAUGAGCCAAUUCAUCCGUGUCAUAUUUUGUCUCUACGGCAUCAGGUUAAAAGAGGAGGCUUUUGGCACGGAUACUAUAUUGGUGAACAAUAAAAACUGUUAAAAUGGGUGGUGCGGGAUACUUUUGCCAAGAGCUUGUGUCACGGCAUUGCCAGUUAACUUGACAAAACGGGACAUACGUAAUUCUUUUGGAUUGCAUCUAUAACGUCGCAGUUGUACUUAGUGUGUCAAAUCAUCAAAUGGAACCUUAUGUAUAGGUGGUGUUAUGUAUUUUUAUUACAAGUAGCCGAAAGAAAAUGAUUUUAGUAAAUCUUUUAGUCCUUGAAAGCACAUAAUUUUAGUUUGUUUUUAUA